UUGUAAUUGGACUGGAUUCUUUAAAGAGAAACCUGUUCCCUCUCCUGCCGGGCAUGAAUGAAUCAUUGCAUAACAUAUCAAGAACUAACAAACACCAUCUAUCAGAGUAUCAGGACUGCUGCAUUACUGCCAAUCAACCAUGGUGCGCUUCGAACGGUUUGAGGUAGAGCAGUGGAUGGACACUUAUGAAACAACGCCGGGGGUUCUAAACAUUGCUGAGACAUGCGUCGAAUCCGUUUCCAUUGACGAGCUGGUGCAGCUAUCAAAUGACAAGGCUGCGAACCCGCUUCAGACUAGCACCGUCCUCACGUAUGGGGCCAUUCGCGGAUCGUCAACCUUGAGGGAACGCAUCGCGGCUCUGUACGAAGGGGAGCAGGUGUCGAGCGACAAUGUUCUCAUCACGCAAGGCGCAAUUGCAGCCAACUUUUUAGUUUUCUACGGCUUGGUCGGCCCCGGAGACCAUGUCAUCUGUGUAUAUCCCACCUACCAACAGCUCUUUUCUGUCCCCGAAAGCCUUGGGGCGGAAGUCUCUCUAUGGCGCUUACAUCCCGAUAAUGGCUUCCUGCCUGACAUGGACGAGUUGGAGCAGCUCGCCAAAGCAAACACAAAGAUGAUUGUAAUUAACAAUCCCAACAAUCCUACCGGGGUGCCCAUCCCAAGAGAUCUCAUCGCCAAGAUCGUGGACUUUGCCAAGGCUAGAGACAUGAUUGUGCUGUCUGACGAGGUCUACCGGCCGCUGUUUCACGACGGAAUAGAAGAUAACCCGAAUCUGCCGCCAUCGGUGGCAGAUCUGGGAUACGAAAAGGCCAUUGUGACCGGAUCUCUGUCCAAGGCAUACUCUCUCGCAGGCAUCAGAGUGGGCUGGAUUGCGUCAAAAGACAAAGCCAUCAUCGAGAGGCUUGCCGAGGCCCGCCAUUACACCGCAAUUAGCGUCUCGCAGCUGGACGACCAGGUGGCAAGCUAUGCGCUGUCGCCGGCUGUGCGCGGACCGCUGCUAAAGCGAAAUAUAGAGAUGGCGAAGCGCAACGCCGGCAUGGUCAAGGCCUUCGUGGAGCAGCAUCGGACAAUGUGCUCUUGGGUGGCGCCAACCGCGGGAACAACGGCAUUUGUGCAGUUCCGCACGGAGGGGAAACCGGUGGAUGAUGUGGCCUUCUGCCGCGACGUGCUGGACAAGACCAAAGUCUUUUUCGUGCCCGGAUCUCACUGUUUUGGACGGGGCGAAGACUUUGCGGGCUAUGUAAGAGUCGGCUACGCUGGAUCAUCGGCCGUGCUGGCAGAAGCGCUGCAGAAGCUCGGAGCCUACUUGCACGCUGGGCAGAAUAGCGGCCAGUAAGAGUGGCGCAUAGACCCGUAUCUGUCACGUAGCGCGGGCGCGCCGCAUUAGGCAAGAGGCAGUUGGAAUCCAAUGCCUCAGCCUCAGCCCCAGCAAAAGUGCUAUUUUUACAACCGCAGGCUGCCAUUGUUUUUCUUUUCUUUUCUUCAUGUGCUCUGUCCGUGCGUGCGAUAAACGAAUGAGAGGUAUUUUGCAGCUGUCUUGGCGGC